AUGGUUGUAGAAAGGAUGGACAAGUUGCCUCCGGAACAUGUCAAUCAUAGCAAUGCAGGCCGGAUCGUUGGCGUCGUUGGCGUGUUCCACUUCAUCGCCCUGGCGUUCGUUUGCCUGCGUAUCUACGCCCGGGCGAUUGUCAUCGGGGUCUUCAAGGCCGAGGAUGUACUCAUCUCCAUUGCCGUUGUCAUCGCUCUGGCAGCAUGGAUAUGCCUAAUUCUACAAAUACCAUAUGGCCUUGGACGGCAUUUCCAGACGAUCGCACCCGAAGACCGGGUAGAAUUCGAGCGCAUCACAUUUUGGAAGACAGUCAUCUCCGACGGCGUUGCCAUGGGGCUGCUGAGAAUCUCUUUGGCAAUCAGUCUAUUGCGGCUCGGUAAGGACCUGAAAUGGUACCGAUGGUCACUGUAUGGAAUCAUAGUGUUCGUUACUGUGUACUCUAUCCAAGAAAUUGUUUGGCUGUUCAUCUAUUGCACUCCUUUCUCGGGGUGGUGGGAGUUCCAGUGGAUGAGCCCAUUUGAUCCUAGGUGCCGUGACUUGCACAUCUUCCUCGAUCUCGGAUAUUGGAAUAUUUCCUGCAAUAUUUUCACUGAUGUAUGUCUGGGAGCUUUGCCAGUACACAUCAUCCGGAACCUAGAUAUCAAGCUCCGACUUCGCGUCUACAUAAUUUUCAUCCUGAACCUGGGAUAUCUGUCAAUCAUCAUGGGUAUUCUCAAGGCGGUUUACAUAUACAAAACGGCCGGCAACCCAGACAAUAUUUUCGAUCAUUGGGUUCACGUCUGGCAAAAUCUCCAGCUCAACAUGGGCAUCAUUGCAGCAUGUGCGUCGUUUCUAAAGCCGAUAUUUGGACGUAAAUUAAAGAUCGACAGCUCGGCCGCUUCCUAUCACGAUUACGCCAACUAG